AUGAGUGCUCUGGAGACCGGACCUACGGUUCGAGCCCAAGAGUGCAGAGACGAUCUGAGCAAUAUGCAAGUGUGUGCGCCGCUGGUUCUGCCUGGUGCAGUCAAUCCGGCCCCGAACUCCGAUUGCUGCGUUGCCCUCCAAUCAACUAACAAAAGUUGUCUAUGUAACGCUCUUCGAGCAGCCACCACACUCACCUCUCUUUGUAACCUCCCCGCUUUCGAUUGUGGUAUACGUGCUUAG